AUGGCCAGCGCCGCCGAGCCCCCCGGCAAGGCGGCCGAGUACCUGCAGGAGCUGACCCGGAUCGUCGCGGCGCAGCAGGAGCUGCUGGCGCGCCGGCGGCGGCGCAUCGAGGAGCUGGAGCGCCAAGUGGCGCGGCUGAGCCGCGAAAACGCCGGCCUGCUGGAGCGGCACCGGCGACACCUGGCCGCGUGCGCCCGCCGCCCCGACCCCGGCCCCGGCCCCGGCUCGCAGCCGCUCGGCGUCAUCCCGGAGCUUGGCGGCCGCCGCGACAAGUCUGAAGAAGGUUCCCGGAGUGUCAGGAGCUCCCUGGAGACCGGAAGCAGCCUGUCCACUGACCGCUACAGCGUGGAGGGCGAGGCCCCCAGCAGCGAGACCGGUACGUCGCUGGACAGCCCAUCGGCCUACCACCAGGGCCCCCUGGCACCUGCUUCCAGCCUGAGCCCCGACCGCUACGAGCACACGUCGGUGGGAGCCUAUGGGCUGUACUCGGGGCCGCCAGGACAGCAGCAGCGCACACGGAGGCCCAAACUACAGCACUCGACCUCCAUCCUGCGCAAGCAGGCCGAGGAGGAGGCCAUCAAGCGCUCGCGGUCACUCUCUGAGAGCUAUGAGCUCUCCUCCGACCUGCAGGACAAGCAGGUGGAGAUGCUAGAACGCAAGUAUGGGGGCCGCCUCGUGACCCGCCAUGCGGCCCGCACCAUCCAGACGGCCUUCCGUCAGUACCAGAUGAACAAGAACUUCGAGCGCCUGCGUAGCUCCAUGUCGGAGAACCGUAUGUCGCGCCGCAUCGUUCUGUCCAACAUGAGGAUGCAGUUCUCCUUCGAGGGCCCAGAGAAGGUGCACAGCUCCUACUUCGAGGGGAAGCAGGUCUCGGUGACUGAUGAUGGCUCUCAGCUGGGGACCCUGGUGCCACCCGAGUGUGGCGACCUUGGCGAGCCACCCACCCUCAAGUCUCCCGCCCCGUCCAGUGACUUUGCGGACGCCAUCACGGAGCUGGAGGACGCCUUCUCGCGGCAGGUGAAGUCACUGGCUGAGUCCAUCGAUGACGCCCUCAACUGCCGCAGCCUGCACGCCGAGGAGGCGCCGGCCCCCGAGGCAGGGCGGGCCCGGGACCCCGAGCCCAAGCCAGCCCUGCACGGCGUGGACCACCACAAGCUGGACGAGAUGACAGCCUCGUACAGUGACGUCACCCUGUACAUCGACGAGGAGGAGCUGUCACCACCCCUGCCCCUGUCUCAGGCGGCACACCGGCCGCCCAGCACGGAGUCGGACCUGCGGCUGCGGGCCGGGGGGGCCGCGCAGGACUACUGGGCGCUGGCUCACAAGGACGACAAGGGGGACACAGACACAAGCUGCCGGAGCACACCGUCACUGGAGCGGCAGGAGCAGCGGCUGCGGGUGGAGCACCUCCCGCUGCUCACCAUUGAGCCGCCCAGUGACAGCUCCGUGGACCUCAGUGACCGCUCAGACCGUGGCUCGCUCAAGAGGCAGAGUGCCUACGAACGCAGCCUGGGCGGGCCACAGGGCAGCCCCAAGCACGGCCCCCUGGCCGGCCCCCCCAAGAGCCUUCCUCGGGAGGAGCCAGAGCUGCGGCCCCGGGCCCCCCGGCCUCUGGACAGCCACCUGGCCAUCAAUGGCUCAGCCAACAGGCAGAGCAAGUCGGAGUCCGACUACUCGGAUGGGGACAACGACAGCAUCAACAGCACAUCCAACUCCAACGACACCAUCAACUGCAGCUCCGAGUCGUCGUCCCGCGACAGCCUGCGGGAGCAGACACUCAGCAAGCAAACCUACCACAAGGAGACCCGCAACAGCUGGGACUCACCCGCCUUCAGCAACGAUGUCAUCCGCAAGAGGCACUACCGCAUUGGCCUCAAUCUCUUCAACAAGAAGCCUGAGAAGGGCGUCCAGUACCUCAUCGAGCGUGGCUUUGUGCCUGACACGCCAGUGGGGGUAGCCCACUUCCUGCUGCAGCGCAAGGGCCUCAGCAGGCAGAUGAUCGGCGAGUUCCUGGGCAACCGACAGAAACAGUUCAACCGAGACGUGCUCGACUGUGUGGUGGAUGAGAUGGAUUUCUCCGCCAUGGAAUUAGAUGAAGCCCUCAGGAAGUUCCAGGCACACAUCCGGGUCCAAGGGGAGGCUCAGAAGGUGGAGCGGCUCAUCGAGGCAUUCAGCCAGCGGUACUGCAUCUGCAACCCCGGGGUGGUUCGGCAGUUCCGGAACCCAGACACCAUUUUCAUCCUGGCAUUCGCCAUCAUCCUGCUCAACACAGACAUGUACAGCCCCAAUGUCAAACCUGAGCGGAAGAUGAAGCUGGAGGACUUCGUCAAGAACCUGCGAGGUGUGGACGAUGGUGAGGACAUUCCCCGGGAGAUGCUGAUCGGGAUCUAUGAGCGCAUUCGCAAGCGGGAGCUGAAGACCAAUGAGGACCACGUGUCCCAGGUGCAGAAGGUGGAGAAGCUCAUCGUGGGGAAGAAGCCGAUUGGAUCCUUGCAUCACGGGCUUGGCUGUGUGCUCUCUCUGCCCCACCGGAGGCUGGUCUGCUACUGCCGGCUUUUUGAGGUUCCAGACCCAAAUAAGCCCCAGAAACUUGGACUGCACCAGCGAGAAAUCUUCCUGUUUAACGACCUCCUGGUGGUUACCAAGAUCUUCCAGAAAAAGAAGAACUCCGUGACCUACAGCUUCCGACAGUCCUUCUCCCUAUAUGGCAUGCAGGUCCUGCUCUUCGAGAACCAGUACUACCCCAAUGGCAUCCGGCUCACAUCUGCUGUCCCCGGAGCAGACAUCAAAGUGUUAAUAAACUUUAAUGCUCCCAAUCCUCAAGACCGGAAGAAGUUCACCGACGACCUGCGGGAGUCCAUUGCGGAAGUGCAGGAGAUGGAGAAGCACAGGAUAGAGUCGGAGCUCGAGAAGCAGAAGGGCGUCGUGCGGCCCAGCAUGUCCCAGUGCUCCAGCCUCAAAAAGGAGUCGGGCAACGGGACGCUGAGCCGGGCCUGCCUAGAUGACAGCUACGCGGGCGGGGAGGGCCUCAAGCGCAGCGCCCUCAGCAGCUCCCUGAGGGACCUCUCGGAAGCGGGGAAGCGAGGGCGUCGCAGCAGUGCGGGAUCGCUAGAGAGCAAUGUGGAAGGGUCCAUCAUUAGCAGUCCUCACAUGCGCCGGAGAGCUACAUCAACACGAGAGUGUCCAUCUCGCCCACACCAGACUAUGCCUAAUUCAUCCUCCCUCCUGGGCUCCUUAUUUGGGAGUAAGAGAGGGAAGCCCCCUCCCCAGGCCCACCCGUCCUCAGCCCCUCCCCACCCGCCCCCCCACCCACCGGGCCUGCCCCACCCACAGCACUCUGUGGCCAGCCAUCACCAGGGGCCUGUCGAGGGCCCCCCGCAAGCCCCGGUGCAUGGGCACCACACCCAGUACUGCCACAUGCAGCAGAACCCGCCCCCCUACCACCACCACCACCACUACCACCCCCCCCAGCACAUCCAGCAUGCACACCAGUACCACCACGGCCCCCACGGGGGACACCCGCCCUACGGGGCCCAUGUGCACAGCCACCCACCGCUGCCCUCGGCCCAUGCCGGCCACCCGGGCCACCCGGGCCACGCAGCGCACCACCACGGGCAGCCCCCUGCCCCGCCGCCCCCCACCAGCAACAAGGCCAAACCCAGCGGCAUCAGCACAAUUGUGUAGACAGCCUGGGCAGGGUCCCAGACUCCCUGGAACAACUGCACACCACGUAGAGUCAUGCCCAGGGGCGGCCAGCCUCAGACCAGACCCAGGGCACUUGUGUUUCCACCUCUCCCCUCUGCUCCCCAUGGCCUGGAUGGAGCCCCCUGAGCCCACAGGGCUUACGUUGUAGGGCACAAAGCUCCCGAUCGCACUUAGCGUGGGUGUCCCGGGUUCCAUCCACUUCGACCCCAGGGGUGGGCCUCGGCCACCAUCAGCCUUGAAAACGGUGCCACCGGCCACAUAGCUGUUGAACUGCCCCCCCCACCCCAAAGCAGCCCUCAGCUCUGCUCCCUAACUGUACACGCAUAUGAAAACCCAGCCUAGGAAAAGAAGAAACGAGACACAAAACCAGAGACAGAACAAAAAACAAAACAAAACAAACAAAAAACCCAAAACUUGCUGCAUUUAUUGCUCUUUUAUUGACAAUGGGCAAAAAAUUAAGUAGACCUGAUAUGGUUGAUGAAAAUAACGUAAGUAAACUUUAUAUAAUAUAAAUAUAUAAAUAUAUAAAUAUAUAUAUAUAUAUACUGUAUAGGUAGUAUUUGUGUGUGAAAGGAAACGUCUCAGUCCACAAAAUUAGCAAUAUAGACUUUACAAGGAUCUCCACUUACCUGAUAAGAAGACAGUACCUUACAUGAAUGUGUGAGAGAGAGUAAACCAAAAACGUAAAUGCUAGGAACAAAUUCAGAUACUUCCAUAUUUUCAUAAAAAGAAGAGAAGUCCCUCCAGGACUGGCUCAAAUCUUUACGCGAUCACUACUAACUGUGCCAAGUAACAUAGCAUUUAACUGUUUAAAAAGUCCAAUAUUGCUUUGUAUAAAUCCUUAUUUUAUUAACAGAAAACUAUCAUAAGUACUCAGUAUUAUAACUGCUCUGUUAUUUCAGGUAAGCAAAUAGAUAAAAAUGCAGUAAACUCUACAGUAGCAACUCGGAACAACCAGUAACUGGUUGUCUGAGGAUAUUGGUUACACAGAUUCUUAGACACUUUAAUGGCUGCGAUAACUGUGAAUUUCCAUGAUCCAUAUUUCUUUUAUAUGCAUAUGAUUUAAUGCACACUCAUUCAGAGUCCUCCGAGGGGGGGCACCCAUCCACGGCAGAAGUGUUCAUCUCCAACAUGAAAACGGCCAGCUCCCAUCCUCGUCUCCCCAACACCAUAACUUACUCAUCCUGUCUCCAACCGCAACAGGCACGAGCCCCCGAGCGAGUUUCCGCCGGGAACCGCUCCGAGCCCGAACGCUGAUUCUAGCAUGUAGCAACCCAGGGCAGUGUGUGUGUUUCCCAUUUUGUUUUCUGAGUGGUAGCCGUGAUCAUCGUGAUUCCAUGUGGCCAUGUGCUAGCACAACACCCCCCCCCCCACCGUGUCAUCACCGUGGCCCCUCUGACCCCGGCCACGAGUGCCGGCCCUCGCCAGCGAAGCCCCCCGCUGCCUUCUCAUGGUCCACUUAGCUGCCAGGGCAUCAACAUGACUCUCAGCUGUGCUCUUGUCGCUUCCGUGUUGUGGUGACACCAUCUGCCCCCCCCCCCGGGGCCGGGCGCCACAGGCGUCUGGUUCUGUGACUGAGUCACCCACGGGCCGUACUUUGUAGUUUCAGCCCUUCGAACCACUGCAGCCGCCAGUGCUGUGCUCCUAAGCCGUGGGACCCGAGGACUGCCCCACGGCCCCUGCCCCGGCGGAGAGCCCUUUCAGAAAGGGCGAAGCUAGUGCGGGACUCUGCGGGCCGCGGGCUCCGCGCUCCGUGGAUGGCGUGGCGUGGCGUGCCGUGGCCAGACGGCAGGACGACCGAGGGGAGCCCACCUGGCAGGCCAGCCGGGGCGGGGCGAGGGGGUCCUGCCCGUUUCCCUCCCCACCCACCCCUUUGUCAUAUCAUCAAGGCCACCAUACCAGCAAAUCUGCAAACCGAGCACUUUGUUAAUCUCCACAGAGAGCAAAUACAGCAAUCUAGAGUUUAGCCUUUUUUUUUUUUUUUGGAAGAAGUGUGACUUUAACCUGCCCACCUUUAUCUUCCCAUCGGUGUCGUGUUUCUCUCCCAGAAGGAGAGAAGUAAAAAGCACGGGUGUGUCUGAUUUGGUCCAGGCUGGCGGGAGGCUCCCCGCUCCUACUGGCUCCUAAAUUCUUUGGUUUUCCUGCAGAGUCAGGCUCCCCGAGGCAUUCUCUGUCUUGCAGUUUAAAGGAUGUUGUUCUGACCAGGAAAAGUCGAAUUGUACUGCAUGCCACCCGGCGUCAGUCGUGCGAGGCCACACUCUAUGUAUUGUGUAUUUGCAAACUAUAUCAGUGUUACUGUUGACAAAUAGUUGAAGUAAAGUGGUAACAUAUGAAAUAUGUCGGCUUUUCUUCACUCUCUGUACCAAUAGUAGAGUCUAACUGUAAACUCAAGGUUGUUCCAGAAAAGAUACAGGCUGUUUGGCACCAGAUUGCCCUUUCCGAAGGGACAACCACUAAUGAAAAAGAAGAGAUGGCAAAGCCGAUGGCCAGGGUGGGGGGCUCUGUUCAUCACUGUCCUUCGUGCUCCAUGGGCCAUUCAGAACCUUCACCUCCAAAGCUGUCAUCCGUGUGUCCUGAGGCUUUGUUGGGGCGUCACAGGGCCGGAUCUAGCGAAAGGGGGCUUCUUGAACAAAUUGUUUCUCCCCAUGUUUCCAACUUCACACAGAGUGUUGGGCUCAGGUCAGUGGGGUUUCAUCACUCUUUGUGUUGUAUUUACAAACUCAUCAUGGGAAAUGCUUCCAGAAGGUACAUUGUUCCAGUAAGGAGGCCGGAGCCACGCUGCCCAAGUCUCGUUUGGGCAGCAAAAGUUUCUGACAAAUUACUGUGUUUCUCCGCCCCCCCCCCCCCAGUGUUGCUUUCAUGGGAUUGUUCUUUCUAGACCCCAGCCUGCCACAGAGUCACAGCUGUGGGGGCCUGUCUUCCAUCCCCGCCCCCCCCCGAUAGGCAGCAGGAUGCUGAGCACUGCACUGUCAGGACACACUGGGGACAUUUCUCUCAAGUCGCACAAAUUGUUCCAAUUAAACAGUAAUUUCUGACAGGAGCAGGAGACCCAUAGUGGAAGUGGCUGAUAGCAUCACAAAAAUCUUUUCUGGGACAACAAUUAAAUCAUGUAUUUGUAUUUUUUUUAAGUUUAUGAAUGAAUUGUACAACAAUGUAAAAAUAAAGUUCAUCCUAAUAUGA